UGGUUACAUUUCAUUUAAUUUGGUUCAGUUUUGUCGGUUAAUUCGGUUAGAAAAAUGAAAUUCUUGUUGAAGAUGAAGAUGCUUGCUGUUGUGAUGAUCCCUUUGUUUUUCUACCAUGUCCAUGGUAAGGAAUGCACCAACACGCCAACCGAGCUGUCGUCGCACACGUAUCGCCACCAGUUAUUAUCUUCAUAUAACAACACUGAAAAAGAACAGAUGUUGUUGUCACACAACCACUUAACCCCCUCUGAUGAUUCCACAUGGGCCAGUUUGAUCCCAAGAAAAGUGUUGAAAGAGGAAGAUGAACAUGGUUGGAUGAUGAUGUAUAGACAUUUAAAAAAUCAAGGGGCCAAGCCUCAAGUGUCUGGGACAUUCUUGAAUGAAGUUGCUUUAGGUGAUGUGAGAUUGGACCCUGACUCAAUUCAUGGUCAAGCUCAACAAACCAAUUUGGAGUACUUGUUGAUGUUUGAUGUUGAUAGGUUGGUUUGGAACUUUAGGAAGACCGCGGGUUUGCUCACGCCUGGUGUUGCGUAUGGUGGUUGGGAGGCGCCGGAUCAAGAGCUCCGUGGUCAUUUUGUAGGGCAUUAUUUAAGUGCCACAGCUCUAAUGUGGGCGAGCACCGGUCACCAAGCUCUAAAAGAAAAGAUGACUCAACUGGUGUCUGCACUCGGUGAUUGUCAAGAAAAGAUGAAGACGGGGUACCUCUCCGCUUUCCCAACUGAGUUUUUUGAUCGCGUUGAAGCUAGUAAAACCGUUUGGGCUCCAUAUUACACUAUUCACAAGAUAAUGGCAGGUUUACUUGAUCAAUAUGCUUUCGCUCGUAACGAUCAAGCUCUACAAAUGGUUAUUAAGAUGGCAGAUUACUUCUGCAAACGUGUGCAAAAUGUGAUCACGCGGUUCACUAUUGAAAGACACUGGCAAUCUUUGAAUGAAGAAUAUGGCGGAAUGAAUGACGUCAUGUAUCGCCUGUACACCAUAACAGGAGAUACAAAGCACUUAUUAUUAGCUAAUCUUUUUGACAAACCGUGCUUUCUUGGACCGUUGGCUAUCAAGGUAAAUUUUAAGUAA